CAAAUCUCUGGGCCUUAAAUAAUUAACUGGACAGGUCAGGAAUCAAGAAUGAUUCUAUUUCAAGUGUAGCUCAUAGCUGGUGCAUUGACAAAUAUAACCAUGAAGUAUACUUGAAGCCUUUUUUUCUCAAUGGAUGAAAGAAUAUAUCACUCUCCAUACUAUCAGUCACUCAGGAGGGUGUGUCCUAUGCUCCCUAAACUGGAAAGCAGAUUUGCUUUCUGUUAGGCAGUGAUCACAAGACCUACAUUGCGUAAAGAUCAGGGCUUUGAUCGCGGAAGUCAGUAAGUCCCUGCGCUAGAUUUUCAACCCAGUUAUAGAUGAACUGGUGAAGUAAUUGUCUGCACGCUCUCGACCAAAGGUUUCAGGAAGUCCAGAGGAAGUCAAUAAUGACCAACAGACAAGAACGAUCCAAUUCAACACGAGGGGAAUCUCUUUACACAAUUCUACACUUGCCAAGGAAGUCUUCACCGGAAGAGGUCAAAGCAGCCUAUAGGAAGUUGGCGCUGAGGUACCACCCUGAUAAAAAUCCAGAUGACCCUUCAGCAGUCGAAUUAUUCAAGGAGAUAAACAGAGCCCACACCAUACUCUCUGAUGAAAAGAAGAAGUGCAUCUAUGACUCGUAUGGUUCAGCUGGGCUGCACCUGGCCUCCAUGCUUGGGGAGGAUGGAGAGAACAUUCUGGCUUGGCAGAACAACCUUUGCAUGAAGUUUGUGAGCUAUUUCUGUAUGGUCAUCACGUGUUGUUGCUGCUGCUUCUGCUGCUGUUUCUGCUGCGGCAAAUGUUUGACGAAAGAGGAAAAAUGCAAUAUACCAGAGGACCAGCCCGUGCACGCAGAUGAAUCAAACCCUAUUCUGGUUCAACCAUUUACCGUGAACAGGGAAACAACUCCAUUAACCCAAGAGUUUGAGCACAGCCAAAACGCAUAUAAAUAAGAAAUGAGUUAUUUGCUUUCAGUGGAGAUUGCAGGCUGCUUCAACCUUUGAAAACUGGGUAGAAUCUUUAACACUAGCCACUAAUCUCCAUCAUCUGACUUUUGACAAAGAAGUCUUAAGGGUUUGAAGCACAGAAGAACAUUUGGCCCAAGAUGUUCAUUGCAUCCAUAGACCAUGUAAAAUCUACUCUAUCAUGGACUAUGGUCAUGCAGAGGUGGAACUACAUUGGUCUGAACAGCACGUCCACACUAAGUCAUUUUGUCCUCAGUCUCCAAAAUCCCAAAUACUCUCAUUACAAAGCCAUUUUGAAAACCAUCAUCAUUUCUCUGCAGGUAAACUAAAGCCUUGCCGCCUACAUUAUUAGCCAUGAGCCUUUCAUUACUCUAACUACAAAGGAAACAUCAGCUUCCAUGGAGCAUUUGACGAGAUAAGUUUUGGUUUACUUGCUGAAUGAGUACCCACUCAUUUAUUUCUCCUUUGUCCCUGAAAUGUAAUUGGAUUUAGAAGUGGGAUUAGAAAUGUAUUUUCUACUAGACCCCCUCAGAACAAAAUCAUACCGUGAAACUGAUAAUUUAGAUUAAUAUGAAGGAGAGCAAAAUGUGCACACAGAGUGUAGGAAACAGAUCAUCUUGUUUCUUGGCAAGAUUCUUAUACGCUUUAACACUUCUUCCAGUGUAAAAAAAAACCCGAUUAACUGAAACAGCAAACGACAUCCAUCUGUAGUGAGAUUUUCAACUUUGGUGUUUUGAAAAAUAAUAUUUAUAUGCUCACAAAACAAGCAAAUUCAACCCCCUUAAACUCUACUGUUAAAUGGACAAUCAAAUUCAUGCAUUACAGCCCACAUCUCUAUUGUAAAGUUAAAAUGUCUUGGUGACUCAGGAGACUGCUUAUUAUCGAUCAUAGCAAGUGCAAGAGAAGGUUAGAAUAUGUUUUGAGUUUAUAUUUUGCCAUUGCCGGGUAAGAGAAGUCGAUGAUUGUUUUAACACAGGCAAAUAUCUCAACAAACUUAUGAACAGGAAGGGCCCACGAGAAAGCAAGUUAGCCUGCUUUUGGUAGGAUGUAUAGUGUACAGGACACAGAAAGAAAUACAUUCUCUCUGUUCAAAGGUGCGAUGAUCUGAUAUGUCCAUUUGAGAGGGAAGACGAUUCUUCAGAAAGACAGAAUCUUAUCACUUCCUGGUUCAUGGCCUCUGAUUCAAAGGCACGAAUGUUUCCCAAUGAGCCACAGCUGUUUGAUUUUUGUAAACUCCAUAAAGUUAUUACAUUGCUUCAUAAAUAAAACUAGGCAAUAAUCUCCGGGGACUAAUUCUGUUAUUUAAUGAUUCCUAGGAUGGCAGGUAAACUGCAUGAGGAGAGACUAAGUUUACUAGGUUUAUUUUUGUUGCACCUAUUUCUCCCACUAUCCCGCCUCCCCUUUCUCAUUCUUCCUGUCCACAUCUACCUCCAUCCCUUCCUCUGGGCUUCACAUUUUACGCCCCUUCUCUCUUAUCUCACGGACUUUUGUCCUCUUUUCAUCUCUUUCCUUUGUCCACUCAUCUGCCGAUCGAACCACGCAUCCACCUUUCACUUGUCAGGCUUUGUCCAGACCCCAACUCUCUUCCCGAUUUCUUCCCCCUACCACAGUCAGUCUUCAGAAGGGUCCCAACCUGAAACAUUCCCGAUUCAUCUCUUCCAGAGAUGUUGCCUAACCUGCUGAGUUGCUCCAGCACCUUGUGUCCUAUCUUUGUUGGUGUUUAGACGAAUAAAGAAAGGGUCUAACUGAACCUUCUAAAAUUCUGACAGAGCAAGACGGGAUAUAAGGAGACUGUGUCUCCAGGCAGAGGUAACAAGGAGGAGAGGGCAGAGUCCCAGGUUAUGGAGCAAGAGACUGAGAUAAGAAAUGUCCUCUCUCACAGGGUGGUGAACCCGCCGAAUCCCUACCAUAGAUGGCUUCCUCCUCUUGCGUAUGGCGUGCACAGCCUAAAGUUGUAGGACAACUUGUUCUAUUUGAUUGUGCACACCAGGUUGAUUGCAUUUGUCGAAACCGGGCGGACCACGUGUAGGUUGCAAUCUCCCAGCCCUCCAUAGAUGGCUGUACGGACAGGUUGCUGAAACAAUUUAAGGAGAGAGAUAAAUUUCUAGAUGCCAAAGGCAUCAAGGGACAGAGAGCAGAAAUAUAGCAUUGUGAUUGACGAAUAGCCAUAAUAAUCAUACUGUAAAAC